AUUUCUAAUCCCAAGACAAUACAUGGAUGCUAAUCGCUUAUAAUGCGCUUCUGUCUCGCCGACAAGGAUUUCCUGCAGUGCAAAUAGAAAAAGUAACAAAUGAGAAAGCAAAUGAAUUGCAAGUGCAUGAAGUGUUUAAGUGGAUGGUGAAUUGUGAAAAAUAGUGUCGCGAUACUACACAAAAGCAACACAUCAACGGCAACGGCAACGACAACGUGAGCAGCAACAGCAACUGCAACAAAGUGUUCAACAAACGCCACAACGGCAAAGGAUAUAAUCUGCAGCUCCCACAUGCAGCCCUUGUCAUUGUCACAGUUGUAGCAAUCGCAGGUACUCUACAUAGCCAACAACUACUGCAGAAGCAGCAACAACAGCAACAACAACAAUUUCGACAUAGGAACAAAAGACUUUUUUUCGUACAACCGAAGCAAUUAACUGAAAAUGUAGCGGAAGGACAUGGCCAGACGGAAACUGCAAAUGCAUCUGAACGCAACGAGCAUAGAAAUAAACUUCAUAACUGCCGUGAUUAGGACGUGUUGUACCCUAACGCUCUAAAUGCAGACGAUAUGGGCACAACAUGGCCUCAGCACAGAUACGACAUUUCUAUAACACCACAACAACAGCAACAAUCACAAAUAAGUCUAUUUCUUCAACAAACACAACAACACGCCAACUUUCGCAACAACACUACGUUGACGACGACAACUGCAGCAAGCUCUCAACUAAACGGAAGCAAUUUGAAAGUGAACCGUUUCUGUGCCGAAAGCCGUCAACGCAAUACCCAGCACAAAGAAAAUUGGAAGCAGCAGCAUGGUCCUACGAGUCGACAUCUGCAACAGUCGAGGCAGGAAAAGAAGCUACGUCAGCAGCGACAGGAACAGCAACAGCAACAGGAACAGCAACGGCAACAACAAGCAGAGGAGCAGAUGAUGUACAAACGAACGGAAGUCAAAAAGGUGCGUCAAACUGGCUAUGGACAAUACAUAACGCUGACACCAACAGCAACAGCGACGACAGCAGCAACAAAAUGUUGCACGUUGGUACUAACGAAGCACGGGCACAGAAGCAAUAUCCUAUCGCAGACGCGCGCUGGCGGUCAAGUUCACAUGGUGCUAAUAAGAUUUGUGAUGGGGAAAGGGAUGCUUAUGGUGAUGAUGAUGAUUAUAAUAAUAGCGAUGACAACAACAGCUCUGGGUGCGCCCCUUUUGCUUCUGAUGUGGCUGCCGCUGCUCUUACAGGGAUUUCUAAGCAGGCUGAUACCUGCAGACAAAACUACAACCACAACCACAACAGCAAAGACACUGCUACAACAGCAAAAACAAAGGCAUACUACGAGCCUGCAAUACAAUCACGUUUAUCUUCCAAAAUCCACGGCCCCGUCACUGUUGCUGCAACAUUAUUGCCAACAGCAACAGCAACAGCAAAAACUGCAACUGCAAUUACAACAAAACAACGAAAAUUCUAUCAACACUGCGCCCCCACUUGGCCAUCGACGACGUCUGCUCCUGAUGUCCCUCUGGCUGCUACUUCCAGGUCCAAAACUGCCAGCCUUUUCAUGGAUAUGCAAAAACUUGCUCGCGCUAUACUUCCGCUUAUUAUCAUCUUCAAUCUGCUGCCUUUAUUCUAUGCAGAGUGCGAUCAAACUUUUGUCUCGCGUAUCGGUGGGCCUCAGAACGGCAGCUUCUCGGCGCCCUUGCUGCACAACCAUCGCAAUCAUUCGCGACAAUGUCUCUACACUUUCCUAGCAGGACCUGGCCAGCGCGUUGAAGUAGUUUUUAAAACAUUUAAUUUAAGAGGAAGUCCACCAGACGGUUCGGCCGUCGGUGAAUUACCAAGUUGUGUUCAUGAGUACAUGGAUAUUUACUCGGAGGUGCAAUCAUCCGAACCAGCGGAACUGAUCAACUCACCAUUUGGUGGUCGCUACUGUGGCACAAUACCGCCUCGCCGCCGAAUCUCCAUGUAUCGCGCAGUCGCCAUUUCGUUUUUUACCAAUAAAAAUGUCUCGAUGCCGGACCUCUUCGAAGGCACAUUUAGGUUUAUAAAUGCAUCGGAAUAUGAAAUUGGUAUACCUAUUGCCGGGUCGCCAUGUUCCUACACGAUAACGCCUAGCAUGAGUAUCAAUAAAACUGGCGCCCUCAUAUCGCCAACCUAUCCAGGUGCCUAUCCGAAGGAUAUGUCAUGCACAUAUCAAUUUCUUGGUGAAUCGAAUCAAAGAGUUAGAUUAGAAUUUCGUGAUUUUGAUCUGUUUUUUGGUGGACCACACUGCCCAUUUGACUAUGUCAAAGUGUACGAUGGUCCAGAUAAUUCGUCAGCAUUAAUCGGUACAUAUUGCGGACAGCAAAGAAACUUAGUUUUGUAUUCGAGCGAGUCGAGCCUUUUUGUUCAUUUUUAUACGUUACCGCGCACCGCAAACACACAAAAUCGUGGCUUUAAAGGAAUUUAUGAAUUUAGCGAGAGUUUUGUUAAAUUAGAUUUUAUACGUGAAAACGAUGGCAUUCACAUACGUGGCUCAGAAUGUGAUCAAAAGAUUUUAUCGAAAAAGGAAUCAACUGGCUAUGUGCUCUCACCCAACUAUCCCUAUCCAUAUAUACCAAAAACUGUGUGUAGAUAUUUCAUCUAUGGCAUGCAGGAUGCUCAGCAUCUGGAGCGUGUACGUCUCGAGUUUAAUGCAUUCAAUAUUCCAAAAGUGGAGCACAAGGACAAGAGCGAAUCUAAUUGCACGGAUGGUUACCUGAAGAUAUAUCUGAAGGGUCAGGAGACUGCCGAUGCCUAUGACAAGUUUGAUUACGAGCUGUGUGGCAAUGAAACGCAGCGUGUUAUAAGCGAAGGUCCACGUCUAGCCAUGGUCUUCAGCUCUGGUGAGCUGCAGGGUCGUGGUUUUAAAGGCAAAUACACCUUCGAAACCGAGUACAAAAUACCUGGCACUGCCGCCCCCGACGGCACCUGCAGCUUCACGUACGUGAGCAGCUCAAAGAAGCGCGGAGAAUUGAACAGUCCUCGCUAUCCCUCCAACUAUCCGUCAGAAACGAAUUGUUCCUAUUUGUUUUUGGCCGAGGCCAAUGAGCAGGUGACCAUAGUCUUUGAUCACUUUAAGAUUAAGGCAGACAACAAUGCGAAUGCCACAGCGGGUGCCUAUGGCUCCGGUGCCUGUUUCGAGGACUGGCUGGAAAUGUACGUUGUCUACCGGGACAACAAUGAUCGCCUACUAGGCCGCUAUUGUGGUCUGACAGCCCCCGGACCCGUCGAAAGCCCACGUGGAGCGGUUGGUCUGCGCAUCACACUGCACACAGACCAGGAGAAUGUGGCGAGCGGCUUUAAGGCGCGUUACUUCUUCGAAUCAGCCAAGUCCGAUGUAGGCGACUGCGGUGGCAACUUCAGCAACGAAGACUCGGGCAUCAUCACAUCACCCAACUACCCUUCAGGCUACAAGGCACCAGGUCGUGGCAUGGCCUCGAUGGCCUGCAAUUGGGUGAUGACUGCGCGUCCAGGAUACAAGUUAUCCAUUAAUUUUGAGCAAUUCGCUUUAGAGGGUGAUCCGGCAAAUCGCGGCUGCCCAGCUGCUGUGCUGCGCCUAUGGGUAAACGUCGAUUCCGAUCAACCGCCAUUGGAGUUGUGUGGCGAGAAACCACCAAUCGAGCAAUGGCAUUAUAUAUCAACGGGUCAAACUGCUCGCAUCAGUUUCACCACCAGUGACAAGACCGUUGGUGCCCAGGGCUUCCGUAUAGUAUGGACUGAAAUACAAGACUCUGGUCCGGGACCUCCAUCCAUUGGACUGCUCUGCGAAUCAACGUACCACUUCCAGUGCGAGGUGGGCUACUGCAUUUCCGAUAAACUGCGCUGCGACGGCGUCAAGAACUGUGGCCCCGGCGACGAUAGUGACGAAUUGCACUGUAUCACGGAAGCGCCAGAGGAGGAUCACGACGUUCUAAUUAUAAUAACACUAUUCGUCGUCUCGUGCCUAAUCUGUCUCCUAUGCACACUUUGUCACUCCAGAAGAAAACGUAGAAACCAUGUGCGUCAAUUGGGCUUACAUCGAAAUGCACACUACGAUUCGCAAACAAGUGCAACAGCGGGUCUCAGUUCUAGUCGACGGCAUUUGCAGAGCGGAGGGCCCAGCAUUGCAGGGAGCCUGCAUGGCAUCAAUAGCGGUAACCUUAUCAUUCCUCCAGCGCCUUUGCCACCGACCAGCGUCCCACCACCACCCCACAUAUGCAUCGCCGGUGUCGACAUGGCGCAUGGUUUGAUGUCAAAUGGCGAGGACGAAGACGACGACGAACUGGAUCUGGACGAGGAUCAGCUGCCGGCGGACAUAUUUAUCAAUGAUGUGCAUUUCGACGAGGACAACAUCGACCAUGUGAAUCAAAUGGCAAACGUUUAACGAUGGCUUAGGGUUUUAAAGCAUUUUUACCGCAAAUUUAUGUUGUAAAGCGCAUUAGGUUGGCCAACUAACCGCCAAAUAGUGAAGUAUUUAACUAACAUACACACUAUUAAAAAAUACAAAACCAAAAGAACAAGAACAAAAAUUCAAAAGUUAACAAUACCUAAAAGACGAAAAAUAUGCAAAUGUGCGAAUUGAUUAAGACGUAAUAUUAUUAAAUGAAGCGCUAAUAAACGUAAAUGUAAAAGUACAGUAGGGCGUGAAACUUUGUAGUUGCGAUAAACAUGAGUAGCCGCGUUUCACAAAGUUUGACAAAACAUAAUAAUUACAAUUAAAUGAAAUUAUAUUAUACAUAUAGCAAAUACGUAUGGAAAGCGAUAGGAGAUAGGAGAACGAAAAUUGAGAUCGGACGGCAAAUAUGUAAAGCAUUUUCAAAGCUAAAUGAGAACGCAAAAUGUUGUUGAUUUUUAUAUUUGAUACGAGUAAUAUUUAGGUGAAGCAUAAAUUGAAUUAAUUAUACAAGAAAGCAAACACAUUCACACAAAGUAAACAAAUUUAAACAACAACAACAAUAAUAAUAAUAGUAAUGAUAAUUUAAACGAAUAAACGCAAGCAUCGUACGAACGAACGUAUGUACUCGCAUGUACACUAGAGGGCAUAAAACAAUAAAAUUAAACGUAUACAUACGCGCAUAAUUUUUAUUUACACAUUUUUUUACAAAGCAAAACAUACACGGGAAAGAGAGUUGAGGCCACUGUAUCUGCAUCGACAAAUGCUCAAGUGUAAAUUAUUUACAAAAUAAUAUUUUUAAUGAGUACACAAAUCAAACUUACAAACAUGCAUAAAUAAAACAAUUAGUGACUAUCAAAACUGUAUCUUCCAGCAAAGAGUUAAAUAAUGAAAAUAAUAAGCGGUAAAUUAAUGAAAGUUUAUAUAAAUAAAUUAAAAAAUAAAUGAAUUAAAUAAACUAAAGACAAUUGGCAGUUGGCGUGCGCCUCUAUUGAAAAUUUGAGAAAACCUAGAAUUUUUGUCUAUUUAAGCACGUUUUUAUAAACAUUUAGAGAGAAGAAAUAUUUAUAAAAAUGUACACGCUAAAAGUAAUGAGGAUAAUAAAUUAUACAAGCAUAAAAGAACCUAUCAAUAACAACAAAACUCAAAUAACAAAAAUGUUAAUACUUAUUGCAAUGUGCCAAGCGUAUUUUCAAUAUUCGAAAUCCAAUUUAUUUUCAACGCUCUCAUUAAUUGCUAUAAAUUAUGUUUUGCUUUCAUUAACCAAAGAUUAGAAGCCUAAAUUUUGAAAUCGGUGCAAUUCCAAAUAGGAAAUAAUUCUUGAAAUCUGUUUAGCACUUCUUGAAGAAAUGAAUAUAUUUUUCUUUUUAUUUUAAGUUUUUGCAACACGCAGCUGAAUUCCAAAAAAAAACUCUACCAGUUUGCAAAACUAAAUAAAGUAUACAUCUUCACAGGCAAACAAGUUAUAAAUGAUUUGUAUUUAAAAAAUUUGAGUCCAUAACUCAGUUUAGUUUUCAGCUGGAUAGUGUGUCUGUAAGAAUUCGAAUAACUAAUAAUGAGGCAUUUGAUAAACAUUUAAUGAAAAUAAAAAUUAUUGGUUUCAUAGCGCACGUACGUUUUGCAAUAGAAAAUAAAACAAAACAAAAUUAUAAAAAGUUGAAAUGAAGGUAGGUGUUUGAAAAUA